CACUGGGUAGCGCCCAAGUGUCGUCUGCAUUCACUGGAUUUCCGACUUGGCUGUACUCACGAUGAGUGCUGUUCGCGCUCAGCUUCCAAACGCAGCAGUGAAUAUUUCAAAACAAACCGAUGUCGUGUGAACGAUGGAACUACUGAACAGAACAGCUUCAAUCUAAUGGAUCGAGAACAAUACUGCUGUGACCUUCUCUGACGACAUUGCUACCUACAUGGACAGUUGGUCAGAAACAUCGUGAACAUUUAUACCUGUCCAAGAGAUAAUUGCGCAUAGUAUCUCAUUCUGGGAAACAAAGAUAGUUGACCAAUUGGAACUAGCAUGAUAUUUUGUGGCUGUAACAUAAAAUCAGAUCCGAUUGGCAAAGAAGCCAUCCCAAAAAUAAGAAUGUUAAAUCCAAGAGGUUUAAUCGCAAGAAACCAGCUGUGAUGCAGUUUUGAUUGCCAAUUUCUUUGACAGAGGAAAACCUCAAUAUACAUAUCAGCAGUUUAUAGAUAGUUAAUUUUUAUCCGUGAUAGAUAAACUGCCUGAAGGGUACUGUCAUCGCAAAGCCCAAGAAAUAAUAUACAUAAGGAAGUUUUUUCCCCAAGAACCUGAUAAGAAACAACAGGAAGAUGGGUCGAAAACUUAAUCUUUCUCAUCUGACGGAGGAGGAAUGCGAAAAAAUUCUCAGCGUUCUGCAAAGAGACUUUGAGGUGCGACAGAAAGAAAAAGAUAGAAUUGGAUUGGUUGAGUCAGUCCUGAAUGCGGAGAAGAACAGGACAGCGGUGCUGUCGCAGCAGACGAUGUUUAACAAGAGCUGUUGUAUCAGAUGUUGUCAAGUCUUUGGCUUUAUAUUUAAUCGUCGCCACCAGUGUUUCGCUUGUGGUUACAAUGUCUGCAAGGACUGCUGCAACUACGUGGCUGAGAAUAAGACAUACAUCUGUGUGGUCUGUGCCCGGGAAAAGGACCUCAAGCAGAAGGCGUGCGGCUGGUUCUACAAUACAGUGUCUCAACGCUUUCGUCGUUUCGGCAGUGCCAAGGUGGUGCGGUCUCUGUACAAAAGCACCAGCUACUGUAAGUUGAGAUACGCUCUGAAUCAGGCCCGCAGUAUGAGGCACAAGUUAACCUCGGAUACAGAAGUGGAGAGAGGUUAUGAACCGUCAAUUUUCAGCUCCAUGGAGUCUCGAUCUGUCAAAAGGAGACCUCGACUUGCGGAUGUCUUCGAUAUUGACAAUGACGAUGACGAUGAUGAAUAUGAUGGCGGAGAAGAAGACGAUGACGUCGAUGACAGUGAAAACAAACUGCCUCCACAAAGCACUAGCGUCCGAACCCCCGCCAUCAGCACCAGCAACAGACGGCUGGGGUCCACCCGGGCAGGUUCUGUGGAGACCUUGAACUUGCUUUCAUCGUCUUCAUCCUCCUCACAUCAAAGAAGUCGGACUCCGGAUUUUCUUAAGCCCCUAUCCAAGGAGACCGAGAUAUACAAGAGCAAUCACAAAGCUCGAGAGACAAAAGGUUUCCACCAGAAAGCGUUUGACAGUGCGCGCAAAGCCGAGGAAUAUAAGUUCAGGAUCAAGUUCGACUCUUUGCUGAACGAGCUUCGCCAUGCACUCGACAAGAAGUCUCCACAGGGACUCUCCAACAGUUUCGCUAGUGUUUCUUCAGAUGGAGAGGUCAUGCUUUCGUUUCGCGCGAGGCUCAAGGAAAUCUUAAUCGGCUUCAGCAAGCGUCUGCACCUGGCCUUUGAAAGCUUUGAAAAGGACGAUCCAAAGGCCGAGCGGGUGCAGCAAGUGAAGCAGAACAUUUCUCGGUUCCUGGAGGAUGUGCUGGGCGAGUCACUGGAUCUGACCUCCGAUGAAGCUGUGUCCGAUCUGUCUUCACUUUCCGAUGAGUCCACUAAUGAGCGCCAUUCUUUUGAGGACCAGAUAGCGCAGGCAGUCGUCUCAAAGAUUGUAGAGAACCAUCGGAAAGAAGUGAGCCAUUCCCUCAAGUUCAGUCAUCGUCUCGAUGGCCACCUGAGUAGCCCCUCCUUGGUGCCGGACACCAGGGACAGCGAGGAGGAAGAAGGGGAGGUGGAAGAGGAGGCUAGCCCUCCUACAGAUCGUCAAGCCAGAAACAUAGACAUUACAAAAGACUUUGAAGAUCUUAAACAUUUCGUGGAGGAGACGCAGUCUCGGACAGUUCAGCAGUCUCUUGAGACAGAUGGUGAAGUCAGGUCUGGGGAAAGCGGCUAUAGUUCUCAAUCUCACUCAUCAAGCCUCGAGCCCCUGAGCAACGGAAAGGAUCAUUAUCUGCAGGACUUCUCCGAUCUCGAGCAGAUCGACUUCAACUCUGGGGAAACUGACCCCGACCUGUUGUCCAUGAACCUCGCCAUCAUCCCGGAGGAGACGGAGGAGGAGCUGGAGAGGGAUGCCGCUGAUAUCAGCGACAAACACUGGCGCGAGAACUGGAUCUUCAAGAACACAGCGCCCUCUGCAUACGACAACAUCGGCCAAAGGCGCAUCAAAGGAGGCAGCGAGACUCCACAGUACAUGAUGGUGCCACAGCCUGAUCACCGCCUAAUGCCUAAAGUUGGCAACAGGGACGUGGACCAGCUGUCCGAGCUGUCCGACUUUGACGACCAUAUUCUCUGCAGCGAUGAUCUGACGGAUGACGACAGCUUCUACCCACGGACCUCUGAGGAACUCGAGCGACUGUCUCGCCGGUCGUUCAGCACGCGGGCAGGGGCAGGUGACUCUUUCGUGGACACCGCCCGCCACAGGACACGGACUGAGACGCCGCCAUUCAGUGAUGAUUUAGACUUUGAAGAUGUGGGUGUAGGAACUGACGAUUUUGUCGGGCCCAUUGUGGAACCGACAAAACAGGAACUGAAGCUUCUGGAAGAAUUAGUCCCUGCUGAAAAUGACGACCCGAGGUUUACACUUGUGCCCGAAAGCGUCGUCAUUCAAGAAGGGGAACCGGUGAAGUUUUCCUGCAGGGUGUCGGGUACCCAGCCCGUAGACGUGUUUUGGUACCGAGAGCAAGAAGAAGUGGAGGAACUGGAAGAGAGUGAGGACGUAGAGCUGGUUGUUGAUGGAGAUCGCCACUCAGCCACCCUGUACAACGUCAGCCGUGCUCAAGCUGGUCAGUACAUGUGCAUCGCCCUCAGUGACCGCGGCAAAGCCAUCAAGUACCUCACCGUUACUGUCAAAGACAACAAGCAGGACCUCAAAAAGCCAGAAUUUCUAAAGCAAAUCACAGACAUGGAAGUCACAGAAGGACACAGUGUCAGGUUCCGGUGCAAGGUCAAAGGUUACCCCCAGCCCAGGAUUAGCUGGUACAAGGACGGCAUUCUCCUUAAAAACAGCAAAUCUUGUCGAAUCGAAAAGUUCGGCAACCGCGACUACAUUCUGACCAUCGACUACGCCACGAUGGACGACGACGCAGAGUACAUGGUUGUUGCCCGCAACGUCGCUGGGGAGGCUAAGUCUUCUGCGCAGGUCAUCGUAGAGCCUUUUUCAGGAGACGCCCCGCCCAUUCGCUCAAGGGGCAGAGUACUCUCGAGUAACACCAGUGCCGCCGACUCGGACUCGGACACACCAUCGUCUGCUCAGCAGUUGAGACGCGGGGAACUCAAGCUGGACACCCUGGCCCAGAAGGUGGCCGUGGCGCGAGAAAACAUGAGGGAAGAGGCCGAGUCCAUGUUGGUGACCGCUGAGGAGCUGACUGCCCUCAGCCAACACCUGGACGACAUGGAGCGCCAUCUUGACUCUAUAGAGAACGUGGCCCACCCUUACAACCCACACCCGCCCCACAAACAGCCGAGUAACAAUGUAGGCUCUUCUCACUUCUUGGAAGAAGCGGUGGAUUUGGAUAUUAUCGAGAACGAAAUUGCAAUGAAGGAGACCGCGAAACAAGUGCGCCUCAUCACUUCCAACGCCCUCAGUGUUCUUCGCACGGCCCAGGAAACAAUCGAGAGUGAAAAAUCCUUUUCUCAAGAGUACUCGACGAGCACUCCGCGACUACAGAACCGGAAGUCAGGCAUGGUAGGGCAGGAUGGGGACAACAAUAACAACAAAUCCUCCUCGCCAGUCUUUGCAUCGCUCUCGUUGACAGAGACUGACAGUAAAGCAAUCGACAUCAACAGUAUGCUGCCUGACAACCUGGACGAGCCAUCCUUCGAUUCCUUCCGGACGACCUCAGAGUAUACUCCCGUUGUUUCCGGUUCGUACCGAGAAGAAGUGUCCCUCUCCCUCUCAUCGGUCUCCAAUAAAAACAUCAACGAUCCACUUCCGCCGUCAGCGUUCAGUGAUGCGCAGAAAGUAUGCGCGACAGAAGUUAAAGCUCAGAAGGCAGUUGUAGAUGAUGUUUUUGGGCGAGAAACUGACAGUUCAAGGACUUCUAAUCACAGCUCAAUGCCCACAGCAGACAACAGCAUGAGGUCGAUGAGAGAGAAGCUGACACUGACAGAUGAGUCCAGCGUGACAGUCCCGACAGAUGAAGUGGACUCGCGGUUGGCCAUGUCCGAUUUCUCACUAGCCUCACCCGAGUCGGACAGUAAACUGAUUGUCAAUUUUGGUCCGAAGGAAACCAACCGAGAAUGGUAUAGUCGAGACUACGAAGUGUCUUCGGUAAAGCCUGCUGCUGAAACGACUGCAAGAAAACGAUGGUCGGUCACAUUGGAUCCCUACUGCCCGACAGCAGAAGUGGUCAACAGACAGUCUAGCCUUGAGGAAACGGAGGAAAAGAUAUACCUCACUGCUGGCCACAUGUACGGUCUAGAAGACAGAGUCAGGGAGCUGGAAGGGAGACUGGAAGGUGAAGGUCGACGGGGACCUGUACAUAGCCUUUCCGACCUUGAAGCUCAGGUGGUUAAGGCAGCAGUUCAGGUGACACGAAGCGAGAAAGAGGUAAAUAGCAUCGUGAACGCGGUCAGCCUUCUUCAGACUAGCCCUCGGUCGUCAAGGGGCAGCAGCUCCAGCACAGCAUCCACCCCGCGCGAGUCUAUCGACUCCGGCACAUCACUGACCAGCGAGCGGCCGCAGCCUCUGCACCUGGUUGGGCAGACACGCGAGGACGACAUCCCCGAGAGCCGCGCCGAGUUCGAUGCCGACUCCGGGGUCGAGCUUCCCUCAGUCAGUCGCCUACGAGCAAUGUUCUCGCCUAACCGCAAAGAAGACGACUUUGUAGACGGGAACUUCAAUCGGGAGAGUGAAAAUCCUUCAGUUUACAGCAUCACUGCAAGACACUUGCCUAAAGGCCAACUUCAGAAACUGAGAGGUAGCCAGGAGGCGGCUUACAAUGUCAGCAGCAAGCCUGUACAGUCACGUGCUGUAAUCCACUUAAAGUCGACUUCCAGUGGACCUGCAGACGAAAGGCCCACCACCCGCACUUUUCGGUCAGGCCUUCGCGCGCCUCCUCAAGAAGUUGAGGACGAAUACACCACUCGACAGACCAAAACGAUAUCACUACCCGAACCGGCUCGCUACCACCAGCUGGAGCCGGCCAAGGACCCGGUGCUCAUUUACCCAGAGCAUGACAACCAAACCCUGGACGCAGGCUUCACCCACCAUAGCGAGCAAGCAGACGGUCAGUGGCGGUCAGCGGGAGUGCAGGCCGGAGGAAGCCGAAUUCGUCCGAUACCUAGGGGGACCCCCACGGCAGCCACCCUCGAUGUAGAGGACAAGACCGUCCCCAGGAUUCGCUCCGGGUGCAUCUCUGCGCGAGCCGCCUUCUGGGAGCGCCGCAUCAUGCAGGGAGAACCAUCCGACUCCAGAGUGGAGGAAGAGUUCCCGGAGAUGGUUCAAGACAACACCGCCACAUGAGGUCGCCACCAGUCAGACUGACUACAUUGUUUUCUGACAUCAUUGCACAAGCGCCGUCACUCUUCUCGCAGAACCCGACUGAUCUGCUCUUGACCAGGCCAUUUAUAUUAUAAAAAAAAACAUUAGCAAUAUUGGAACAGUAACCUGAUAUAAUGAGUCAAAUAAUGAAAACCAAAGAGGUUCGCGGGCCAAAAGUUUAUUAUUAACGCAAAAAGAAUCUUCAGCCCUUACACGAACCUUGACCCUCUGGGUUUGCAAUCUUUCUGUUGAUAUUGUUAUGCGCGAGUAAUCAAAAUCGCUUCGAAUAUCGUCUUCCUGUAUAAGUUGUAUAUGCUCUUGUGGUCUUCGAGGCGCAUGAGACAAUAACUGGACAAAACAAGCCCCUGCCUCGGGUAAGCUCUGCCGAUACUCAAGGGAGUGAUGUCACUACUCGACCAGAGGGCGCCCUCGGCAGGCUGCGGUAUGUGCAAUACAUGACUGUCCUUCACUCUGGUAGUCUUUCUCUCUGAGCGGUGGGAUGGCAACGAGUGUCUCCAAGCAGCCACCCGUGAAGCCGUAAAAGGAGUGUAUCGAGCGACAGCGCCGUCUGGUGGGGAAAGACUAGGCUGCUGAAGCCUGUUUGGUGCUAAGUGUACAGUAUACGGAAACCUUGUAGUGGAAGCAGAUCUGACAUCGUUGACUGGCUUCGUUAGCACUUGUCUAGAAUUCCUUGGAAUUUCGUUCGACUAAAAUCCGUUGUUUUGUCAGUUUUAAUUUGCUUGAAUGGUGGUUAAAUUAAACCCAAGUGCCUAGGGGUGGACUUGCCUAGUCAUGGCGAGUUUCAAGUUUGAGUGAUUAUCACGAAGUAAACUUGAGUUUUGUCUCUUUUCUCGUGGAUCUUGAGAGAGGCGGCCAGAUGCUUACAUCUCCUUGAACAUCAAAACUGGCAGAGACUGGUAAACAACCUCAUCACAUUCCAGAUGGACUUUUGGACUGGUCUCUGAAGACAUUUUCUUGUGUGUAUUUGAUGAGGGUAAGCAAAGACAAGCUCUCGAAAAACUCGUUCUUUGGAGGGGAGUGUGGCCACUGGCAUCCUCUUUUCCUAAAAAGAGAUUCUUUUAUAUUAUGAUUAACUCGCGUUUAUUUUAAAACUUUUGAGCGGUGAUUUCUGUAAUGUUUGUCUUAUUUCAUGUUUCCAAAGGGAUGUUAUUUGUGGAUAUUAAUCGUCACAGUUCCUAACUUAGUUCUGACCAGGUAUGACAUUAUAAUGUAAAGAAUCUAAGAGUUUUUUUUCUCCCUUAGUACUUGUGGAAUAUCUGCUUAUUUUGUUGUUUUUGUUGUUUGCUAUGAUAAUGUAUCUCUGUUUAGUUGUUUAACAUGAUGCAUGUACACGUGCUUUGCCACAAAUACCUCAAUUUGCAUUUAUUUGCGUUCUCAGGUCUGUGUAUUUUUUGGUUCUCUCUUCUCCCCACAGUGACGACUAAGUUAUUUUCCUGUUUCUAAUUUAAGAUGAACAAAACUAUCGGUCGAUUCUACCUAAUUAGGCGGUACCUCAAGCGCUGCAGAAACCGUAGUCUGCUCUUUCCUUUUUAAUUUUAUUGUCUUAAAAUAAGAUCUUUAUCGGUGAAGGAAGUAUUCAAAAGUGCCUAAAGUCGAGUGAGAAAGUUGGCAAGAUUAUUUUCUUCUCGUAAAAGUCUCUUGAAGCUUCCUUUUAAAAGCUGAAUGAUGUAACAGACAUCUUAAGGAGUCUUUUUGUAACUGGAUAUAAUGAAGACAAAGAUGGCAUGUUCUGUAUACUUUUAGUAAAGCCCUGUCACAAAAAGGAUAUGUAACGGCUACCACAGACAUGUGCCGCUGAAAUCAUUGCUAUAACCAAGUUAAUCAUGUGCUUCAGUUUCUUGCUUCUUUCUUCAACUGAAAAUUUUAAAAUGAAAUAAUGAAGUAUGAUUCGUGAAAUCAUUCAGGGUUUAAUCUCUAGUAAAAAUCCCUGUUCGUUCCGAGGCUUGUGCGCGCACGACGAACCAACUGAAGAAGCAUGCAAGCUUUCAAGUUGGAGGACCGAAGCCUGUUCGGGUUAUGUAUUGUAAACCUGAACAUAAGUGUUGAGCCAGUUUCAUUUCACUUUUUGUCCUGUUGUGUGAUGCUGUCGUCUUUACAAGCAAGGCGUUUAGUUUGUGAUAAUUACAGAGCCAAAGGAAGCAGACACUAGACGACCUGAGCUUGUGAGACUUUGCACGACUGGAUCACAGCAAGGUUGUAAACAUUGAUGGCGGGUAGUUACAGUUCCUGCUAGAAAACAGUGCACUUCACUGGCACUAGAUGCUGUAACUCUGAUAUAAUUACCGUCCAGUCAGUAAGUCUGUUAUCAUGGCCGAAAAAUGUACUAGUUGUGUCAAAGUAGUGAGGCAAUAAUAAGCUUUGUCUGUGUACAAUGUGGAAUAGCGGGCAGUUACACUCCUACCAAACAUGUUUUUACAACCAUAUUCUAACCUGAUCGUUAAUGCAAAAUGUUCGAACCUCAGUUUGGCAAAAGUUCAGUUAGUAGCUUUAGCUCCUAGCAGAUCAGCCUGUUUUUCGGUCAACAGAAAGAUGCAAAUAUCGAACAUGAAUUGUUAACUUUCAUAUUCAGAUAUAACAUUUGAUUAUUAUAUUUUUAAAAUAAAUAUUGUACUUUUGCUGGACCUUGCAUCUGAUUGAUUUUGAGCUAUCAUUUAGAUAUAAGCUAUCAGCAAUCAGUCCAUCCAAAAUCAUGCCAGUUACGGAUUAACACCUAGAAAGUGAAGUGCACGCGGAGAUUAUAUAGUCUUUACAAGAAGUGCAAAAGACAGGAAGCAUGUUUCGACAAGGCCUGGGGUUCUUGACUAUUAGAAAUUAUCAACAAGUUCUGAUGUUUUUGACUGUUAAAAAUAAACAGAUUAAAAUAAAUAAUGCCACGGGAUUUUCACAAACUACUUCUGUACACGAAUCAUAUGCAGCUAAUAAAGGAAUGUAUUUAUUACUAACCCGAAAAUACGUUUGGAAAGGAGUUCAAAAGUACAAUAAACAUAUUCAGACUAACCGGCGAGUCAAUAAAGUUUCUACAUUUUAUAA